AUGCACACAUACGAGCCAGCCAGGCAGCGACUGAAGUAAGGAGGAGCAGGUUUUAAGGAAUGAAUUGAAAAGAAGCGUUUUUCACGUUAUUCGACUGAAAAGCUGACAUACACCGCAUGUACGAUUUUUUAAACGGUCUUUGAAAAUGUCCCAAAUUGGGGUACGGAUAAUUUUUCUAUUUUUAUACAUCGAAACGGACGUAGUUUUUCCAGUGUUUACGUAAAAGGGGACAGGGAGGCACCAGGAAAACUUUCUGCGCGAGGACUUUUCUAGUCAGGUUUGCCUGGGAUAAGCGAGGCAGUUUGGCGUAACUUUUCCACUCAAGUUUCCAGUGAAACGUCUUCUGCGGUCGAGCCUGGAGAGACUGCCUGACCUACCAAGGCUCUAAGUGCAUAUACCGUGGGUUGUAGCGUGAAUGCUCUGUGUUGUCCUGCGUUGGCAUUGAGGGAUGCCAGCAUGCCCUCGCUGAUUCUUUCCCAUCUGCUCCUCAUCUGGUUCGCGCUCCAGCAGCUGGCUCUGUGCGCCGAGCGCGCAUCCACUCGCGAGCGCUUCAAAGUGGUCAUCGCGCCUCUCAUCUGCAAACGGACGUGCCUGAAGGGCCAGUGUCAGGACACCUGCGAGCAGGGCAACAAUACGACUCUUAUCGGGGAAAACGGCCAGUCAGCGGAUACACUGACCGCACAUGGCUUCCGAGUCGUGGUGUGUCCUCUCACCUGUAUGAAUGGAGGAGUGUGUAGUACUCGUACACACUGUCUUUGCCCACCAGGCUUCACUGGACGCCUCUGCCAAUACCCUGUUCGAACUCAAGCUUCUCGUGGAAACAAGCAGCCUGUCUACACCCUGCAGGUGAUGCCUGAUUCCCAGGGUUUGUCUGAUCAAGGCGGCACAGGUGGGCGACAGCAACUAGCACAGACUCACUCUGUAUUCACACUGCCUUUAUCACAAGGUGCUGGGCACCACUCCUCUGAAGUGCAGGUCAAUGUCCAUGUUCUUCAUGCACCAGACACUUCAGUUGUCAUUCAUCCUUUCGAACAAUCAGAGAACAAGCCCCACAGUACUAAGGCUGUGACCCGCCUUCCUCCACAGACACAUAAGCCCAAGGGGAGGUGCUUCCAGGAAACCACACCCAAACAAGCUUGUAGUAGUAACCCUCUCCCUGGUCUGACCAAUCAGGAAGACUGCUGUGGCAGUGUGGGUAAUUCAUGGGGCCAAAACAAAUGUUACAAAUGCCCUUUACUACCUUAUACUGGGAAACACCAGACUAUAGUAGAGGAAUUUGGCUCCACAUGCCCUCAGGGAUACAAGAGGCUCAACAGGACUCACUGCCAAGACAUAAAUGAAUGUAUGAUGCAGGGACUGUGUCAGAAUGGAGAAUGUUUAAACACACAAGGAAGUUUCCGUUGUACCUGCAAGCCUGGAUAUGUACUGACAGACAGAACACGCUGCAUAGCAUCAACUGUUGAGCAGGGUCUAUGUUUUCGUAUGGUUACGGAGGCAGGGAAAUGUGAACAUGCUCUUCCAACACGCCUGUCCCAUGAGAUAUGCUGCUGCACUGUUGGUAAAGCAUGGGGUAGCAACUGUGAGAGGUGUCCACAGGAUGGCACAGCUGCCUUCAAUAAGAUCUGUCCAGCAGGGAAAGGGAUGUCUUUCUUGACCUAUCAUGGAACUUUGUCCAUUCAGCCCUUCCUGACUAGCAUUGAACACAAUCUCAAACCUGACACUGAGGUCAAGCCUCCGGAAGGCCCCAUUCAGACAACCACGCCCAUGCAGCAUUUACCAGUCAGCCCGCACGGUCCUCGCAUACCAGUCAUUGUGGCUGAGCCAACUCCUCCUCCCAUAUCCUGGGUUCCCCCAGAGUCUGACUCACUGGAGGUGGCACAGACGCAGGUCUCACCAAUGGAUGACUGCAAACUGAACAGGAAUAUAUGUGGUCAUGGAGAGUGUGUAAACACACAGAAUGGUUUUGUGUGCCACUGUUAUACCGGAUAUCAACCACAUGCUCAGAAAAAGAGUUGCGUGGAUGAAAAUGAAUGUGACUCUGAGCCAUGCGGUAGAGGCACCUGCAUUAACACUGUUGGUUCCUACCGAUGCAACUGUCAACCUGGCUAUAAACUUGCAGUGCCUCAUGGGAAACGCAGAUGUAUUGAUGUAAACGAAUGCUCUAGGCCUGAUAUCUGUGGAAUUGGAGGGCAGUGCACUAAUUUGCAUGGUUCCUAUAAAUGUGAAUGUCUGCCAGGCUUCAGGAGCAAAUCCCGCAGACAGCCUAUCUGUGAAGACAUUAAUGAAUGUUUGGACCCGAAUACCUGUCCUAAUGAACAGUGCGAGAAUACUGUUGGAUCCUAUGAGUGUAUACCCUGCCAACCUGGACACCAAGCACAGGGAGGAAUGUGUUACGAUAUCAAUGAGUGUCAAAAGCGUGGUGUCUGUCUGAAUGGCCGCUGUGAGAAUUUGCCUGGAUCGCAUCGCUGUUUCUGUAAUGAGGGCUUCCUGCCUGAGGCUGACAGCAAAGGCUGCAGAGACAUUAAUGAGUGUCAGGAUAAUCGUCUUUGUGCUAAUGGUCACUGCAUUAACACGGAAGGAUCUUUCCGGUGCCAAUGUUACCCUGGAUUCCAGCCUACACAAGAGGGAAGCCACUGUGAAGAUAUCAACGAGUGUGAGCGAGCCUCCAAUUGCCAGCGAGGACGCUGUAUUAACACAAUGGGUUCCUACCGCUGUGAGUGCCAGAAAGGAUACAUGCUGGUCAGUAGUCGCCGGUGCCAAGACAUAGAUGAGUGCGCUGAGGACAGGAGUCUCUGUCAACCUCAUGGUGUAUGUGAAAACAGACAGGGUGGAUAUGUGUGUGUGUGCAAUGAUGGUUUCAUACUAUCUGAAGACAAACACAGCUGUGAGGAGGUUGAGUUUGACCUGAAUUACAAGAAGGAAUGCUAUCUAAAUCUGGAUGACACCGUGUUCUGUGACAGUGUUCUGGCAACCAAUGUUACAAAGCAGGAAUGCUGCUGUUCUAUUGGUGUGGGAUGGGGUGAUCACUGCGAGAUAUACCCCUGUCCAGUCUACCACUCAGCGGAGUAUCACUCACUUUGUCCAACCGGCAGAGGAUUUUACCAUGAGGAGGGAAAGAUAGAAUAUGGAUUACCAGUACGUAGAGACAUUGAUGAGUGUGUCCUGUUCUCUAAUGAGAUCUGUAAGGAGGGACGUUGUAUGAACACACAGCCAGGCUUUGAAUGUUACUGCCAACAGGGAUUCUACUAUGACAGCAAUCUACUGGAAUGUAUCGAUGUAGAUGAAUGUCAUGAUGAGUCCCUGUGUACAAAUGGGCAUUGUGUAAACAUUCGAGGCUCUUUCUACUGCACCUGCAAUCCACCCUGGGUCCCUGACGCUGCUAACAAAAAGUGUGUCUUUCCCACAUUCACAGGUGUGGAUGAGUGUCAGGACCCUGCUAAUUGCAAAAAUGGCCACUGUGUAAACACCCAAGAUUCCUAUUAUUGCAUCUGUACUCCACCCUGGAUUCUGGCAACCGACCGUAAUGGAUGUGUUACACAUGAGGAACAGGCAGUAACGGGUGUGUCUGUGGUGCACCUUUCAGAUGUGAAUGAGUGUGAGGAUCCCUCCUACUGUAGGAACGGGAGAUGUGUCAACACUCCCGGCUCCUUCCACUGCAUUUGCAAGCAGCCUCUCACCUUCAGUGCAGCCCUCAAGCAAUGUGUCUAUGAUGACCGCACUGCAGCACAUAAAGAUAUAUGUUUCCAAGAGGUUGAUGAGGAUCUUAUGUGUACUAUGCCUCCGAACGAGUUAACGGUGACCUAUUCUGAGUGCUGCUGUCACUACGGUCGGGGCUGGGGCCCAGAGUGCCGUACCUGUCCCAAUAGAAAUUCAGUGCUUUUUAACAGGUUGUGUGAGAUGCAUUUGGAUACUGAGUCUGAUGGAGAGGGGGAAUUCUUGGCAGCUUUUUCCAACUACAACCCAGAUGGAGACAGUUCAGAAGAAGACUCAGAUGAGUGUAGCUGUGCUAAUGGUAGGUGUGUGCGAUCCUAUCUGGGUACAAUGUGUGAGUGCAAUCCUGGAUUUGUACUGGACCACUCCCGAACACGCUGUACAGAUAUUGAUGAGUGUGCAGGGCGAAGCUCAGGGCAGAACCCCUGCAAGAAUGCACGCUGUAUUAACACCUUUGGCUCAUUUCAAUGUCACUGUAAACUUGGAUUUGUAGCGGCACGACGACCUCAUGUUUGUAUACGUGCUAGGUCCCAAUAACGGCAAAGCGUCUCAUCCACUAUAUUCUCAAACACUUCCACACACAAACACUCACUUGUGCCCUCACUCUUUUUAUGUACAUACGUAAAAAGUGAUAUGCCACCACUGAUACACUUCAUAAAUUUUGGUGUAACAGCAUUUACAAGCAAUUUCAUGUGUUCACCCUUUCAUUCCCUUCUACGUUAUGUUGGGAAUGUGAGUUAAUCACCAUUAGCUUCUUAAAUAUAAAUAUCUUGCUAGUUUGCAUUUAUUAUAACUUUUAUGCUUGUUCCUUCUUCCAUUAAUCUGUUGCACCCAUUUGAAAAUGCGUUUGUCAUUAAAAGAGGAAUUCGCUUUGGAUGAAAUGUGUAUUUUAAAUUGUGGUUCUUAAUUUUUGUAAUUAUGCUGCUCUGCAAGUUAUGGGUAACUUUAACAUAGCUCACCAUUUUGUUAAAUAAUUUGUUUUCUAAUCUAUUCCUCUUAUUAUUUUUUUAAGACUUAACUUUGAAGAUUUUAAAGUGAAUAUUUUUUUUUUUACCCUUUGGUUUGUGCCCAAAGCUCUUAUUCAGACAGUUUGAUACAAAUGAUGAUUUGAUUUUUGUGUUAUUUCUUUGUUUGUGUUAUUGUUUUUAUUUGUCUAUUGUGUUUUGUUCUAUUAAUUUGCUUUGUAUUUUUCUUUACAUUGUUUUCUUUAUAUGAUAAUGCAACCGUCAUUUUUCUUCAGUUGCACUGAGCAUGUAAGUUAGUGUUCUUCUGAAGAAAUGUUUGCCUUUCUUUGCAUUGCUCCAAAUCUUAUUUAAUUUGCCUUUGUUGCCUGUUUACAAAUGAAGUUAGUCUUUGAAAAAGAUGGCAGUGAUAAUUUUGGUUGACCAAACCAUUUAAAUUAUUCAAAAAUGUUCUAUUGAUAUAGAAUACAAAAUGUUUGUUUUAAAUUUCUUAAAUACCUUUGCCAUCUUGCCAAGACUGUGGGAGACAUGGGGAAAGGCAGAACAGUUUAGACCUAACUAUGCAAGCGCCAUACUUUAACAGUAAGAGAGAAAGAUGCAUUUACCAAAGAAAUGAAGAUGAAUUUAUAAAUGAGAAAGGAUGUCAAACCCUUAAUGUUCAGUGCUGUAUGACUUUUAUUCUCUCUAUAUUUGUUCUUUCUUUUGAUAAUUAUUAUUUUCAAAUCAAGGUUGGGUUAAAACUGGGUGCUUUUGGUAAAUCAUUAGGAAUGAGAUAAAAUUGACUAAAGCUCAAAAUAAAAUAUGAAAUGUUUGCACAUGCUUUGAAAAUAGAACAGAGAUUUUAGGUUUUAGCAGCUUCACAUGGAGGGAAACACUGUCAGUUUUGUUGUCCCUCUUUAUAGACAUAGUCUACCAGUUAAAAAUUUUGUAAUUACUUUUUAAAAAAACAAGUAAUGACUUUAAAAAUAACAUUACAGCAUCAUUCUUUCAUGAACUACCAGCUGUGGUAUCACCUGAUCAGACACUUUGGGUCUCAAAUGGGAUGCAUAAACAUCUGUGUAGUUUCCUUACUACUUACUAAAAGAGAGAAAUUGUGAGUACCAACAAAUAACAAAACUAAUUCAGAAGCUAAGCUGAACAAAAUGGUCAGCUCUAUAAUUAAAUCAUGGAAGUGCUGGCAAUACAGUAAGUUUGACUUUCAAACAGGCUUACUACAGAGAUAAAUUGAAUUUGUUGUACAUAACCAAGUGCCAACUGAAGGAAUUCUAAAAUGUUUUUGAUGGAACUUGUUUAAAAAAUAAAAUCUAAUACACCAUGUGUGAGCUCAUUUGACCAAUGUUUUACCAUACACGUUUCAACACAUUCUCAUUGAGACAGUGUUUUGUCUGUGUUGUUCCACUUUUCUCUAGUGGCAAAAACUAAAACUGCGCCAAAGCUCUGGAGUAUAAACCUUUAUAUGGUUUUAUCAGUUGGAAAAUCGUUAUGUGAUUUUAAUCUUGUGACGUUUUGUGCCUGACGAUACACAUAUUUGUACAGUUGUUAUAAUUUGUGUCACGAUUGUUACAAAUACUGGUAUAAGGCAGGGACACAUGAUCUUUAGUGAUGUGAUUAUGCAUUCGGUCAUAGUGGAUAAAGUUCUAAAUUAAUAUUUGGUACUUUUGACAUACACUUUGCUUUGUGUAUGUGAUAUUUCCCAAACAAAGCAAAAACUUUAAUUGUGUUGUCAAUCUCCAAGAAACCGCUAUCACAUUCCAAAAACAAGACAAUAGAAUCAGUUAUUUGAAUAACUUUGUGAAAAAUCUCAAAAACGGUUAUAGAUAUUUGAAACCAAAAUUAUUUUGUAUGCCUAAAAUUAACAUGUUUACAGGGGUGCAUUAAGGAAACUGUCUUAAGAUCUCACAAACUGAUUUAAAUUAGUAGUAUUUGCUGACAUCCCAGCAAUCUGUCAGUCAAGCCUGUUUCUAGUCAUGAUUUCAACAAAAGACCAAACCAGGGUGACCAGUCGUCUUGAUAAAACUUGUGGAGACGCCUUUUUUUUGUAACAAUUAGUCUUUAAAAAAAACAAAGAAGCUUUUUACAUCAUGAGAAACAAGCAACAGAUCAUUUGUCACAUAUUCCCUGUUGUCUUUUGUUUUUGUGCUUUUCUGUUGAAGUUCUUGUUUAGUUCCUGUAUCCUAUUAGUUUUUUUUUAGUUAUUUGUCAUUGGUUUCCCCCUGAUUUUUUCUUAUUCCCUGAUUGUUUCCCCAGGUGUUCCUUGUUUGAAAAAAAAAAAUGGAAUAAAGCUCAGAAUUCAAAUAAACAAGAAAGCAUAGAAUAAAUCAAACCUAGCACAUAGCAUAACCAAACAUGCGAGAACUGACAAAUAAACUGGGGGAAACAAGGAACACCUGGGGAAACAAUCAGGGGAUAAGAAACAAUCAGGGGAAAACAAUCACAAAAUGAGCACUAAAACAAAAGACAAUGGAAUAUGUGACAUCAUUCCAACUCUUCUUCUUCUCUCGGUUUACUGGCGGAUCACAAACAAUUUUACGGUACUUUACAAGUGUGUAACAUGUAAUUUUACCCUAUUUCUUAAAUGGUACAUACCAUUUAAGAAAGUAAACAGUGCCUUCCUGGUGAUUUUUACCCCCUCUCCCUCUGUUCCAAGUAUCCCCAUCAGAUCACACUCCUGUCCCACCUCUCAGACUUUAUCACGCAGCUUUUCUCUUUCCACUCCAUACAUGGUACAAUGCAGUAUAUGUUCAACAUUUUCUAUAACUAGACACAACACAUAUCACACACAUAUCACAGUUCAUUUUCCUUAGUAUAAACAGGGUGUUAUUUAAUCAUGUGUGGUCCAAUCUGAGUCUUGUUAUGAUGAUUUCCUCCCUUCUGUUCCUUUUUUUAUAGAUUUUUAUUAUGACAGACUUUUGUAUUUUAUGAUCUUUCCUUUCAGUCCAUCAUGAGCUGGUACCCAACUAAAUUGUACAGCAAUACCACCUCUAUGAAGUCUAAAUAAACUGGUACAGUUCAAUGAGUAAAUCUUCUCUGACAUUU